UCUUUCCUUCCGCUUUCGUGUCUCUCUCGGUGAAUCGCUCUGAGCGCUGGCUGGUUGAAUACGCCUGAGCGGAGAAGCGAAGUGCUAAUGUAGCUGGCGAUGGAACUGGGCUGGCUGGUCGUAGGGAUCGUCGUAUUAGUGACUGCAGGGAUGGCUCUGAUUGCUUUCAUUGCAUAUAUAACUGCAAGACAGUCACCAAGUAUUUAUGAAUAUGAAGAUGAGAACUUAUUUCUGAAUGAUAAGAAAUCUGUGCCUAGCCUUCAUGACCCUGCAACACGUGAACUUUCUGUAGUUAUACCUUCAUAUAAUGAAGAAGAACGAUUACCAUCAAUGAUGAAUGAAGCUCUAGAUUAUCUAGAGAUGAGACAGAAGCAAGAUCCUUCAUUCACAUAUGAGGUCAUAAUAGUUGAUGAUGGCAGCACAGAUCAAACCACAAAGGUUGCACUGAGGUACGUUAAGAAGUAUGGUAGUGACAAAGUGAGAAUACUCACUCUGGUGAGGAAUCGUGGAAAGGGGGCAGCUGUUAGAAUGGGUGUAUUUUAUUCACGAGGAAAAAGAAUAUUGAUGGCAGAUGCUGAUGGAGCUACAAAAUUUAAAGAUAUUGAAAAAGUAGAAAAAGGUCUUGAGAGUCUCCAACCCUGGCCUGAAAUGAUGGCUAUUGCCUGUGGCUCUCGUGCUCACUUAGAGAAAGAUUCCCUAUCACAGCGUUCAUACUUCCGAACCUUUCUAAUGCAUGGAUUCCACUUUCUAGUCAGGUUCCUUUGUGUUAAGGAUAUCAGAGACACGCAAUGUGGUUUUAAACUCUUGACCCGGGAGGCUGCUUCUCGGACAUUUUCAGCUCUUCAUAUAGAACGUUGGGCUUUUGAUGUGGAACUUCUUUACAUAGCUCAAAGCUUUAAAAUCCCAAUAUCAGAGAUUGCUGUAAAUUGGACAGAAAUUGAAGGUUCUAAGUUGGUUCCCUUCUGGAGUUGGUUGCAGAUGGGAAGGGACCUGCUUUUUAUACGACUACGAUACCUGACAGGUGCUUGGAAACUUGACACCAGAAAACUGAAUUAAUUUAUUCAUCAGCAAAGAAUUGUUUUGAUUAAAAAAAUAUUAUUUUUUUCAACAGUAUAAAUUAAGGAGAGAAAUGGGUCAUGCAUUACAAUUUUUUUUCUGAAUUUUCUUCAGUGGCGAAAAAUACAGCUUUUUUUCAGCCUUUUUCUUUUCAAAUACUGAAAUCAGUCUUUUUUUAACUUUUGUUUUCUAUUUGUAUAAAAUACUAUUAGAAAUUGAAUUUUAGAAAAUGGCAUUUCACUCUGGAUUGCUAUUUUCUACAAAAUCUACAAAAUAUUUUCUACAAAAAAAAAGCAAAUAUAACCAUAGCAAUGUGUGUGUUUUGCAUACAUCACAUUUCUUUGCAUAAAUUAUAGAAUCUGUUUCCUGUAAUACUGUACAGUAGUUAUUGUAAUCAGUCAGCUAUAUUGCAGUUUUUUUAUAUUUGUGAAAGAGUAUUCAGAAAUUGGACUUUUACAUUAAAUUUAUUAUAAAAUUGCUGAAAUUA